GGAAAAUAUAGACCGGUCUUCCAAUCACAGACAGACUGAUCUCAUUGGUCCAAGAUUUCAGCAACCGGCCAAUCAGAGUUCUCCUAACCAUCAAGAGGAUGAUGUCGACUUAGAGGCCCUGGUGAAUGAAAUGGACUCUUCACUGGAGAGCCUGUACUCGUGCAGCGGUCCACAGACAGAAUCGACUCCUCUGCUGCACAACGGACAGACCUCGACGUCACACAGCCACCACCAUCAAGCACAUCAACACAACCAGCCACGGCAGGGACAGCACUCACACGGGAUAAGCCACAUCUCCCCAGAGCCGCCCUCCUCGUCUUCAGACUCGCCUCAAACCGGCCUCCGACGGUCACAGCCGAUGCACAUCAAUGCUGUCAGGAGAUUGCAGGAGCAGGAGCAGCAGCUGAGGACGUCAUCUCUCCCGGCCAUCCCCAACCCUUUCCCUGAGCUCUGCAGUCCAGCUAGCUCACCUGUCCUCAGUCCUGGGUCUCUACCACCUGGGGAACCUUCCUCGGGCAAAUAUAUUGUGAAGAUCUUCAGUGAAGACGGCAUGGGUAAAGUUGUGGAGAUCCCAGCCAACAUGACAGCCAGGGACCUGUGCCAGCUCCUGGUUUAUAAAAGCCAUUGUGUGGAUGACAACAGUUGGGCACUUGUUGAACACCACCCACUGCUAGGGCUAGAGCGCUGUCUAGAAGACCAUGAGCUGGUGGUUCAGGUCCAGGCCUCCAUGAACAGUGACGGUAGAUUCCUCUUCAGGAAGAACUAUGCCAAAUAUGAAUUCUUCAGAAACCCCCUGACGUUUUUCCCAGAGCACAUGGUCGCGUGGUGCCAGGAAACUAAUCAUGCAAUUCUACCAUCUCAGCUUCUUCAGAACUUCCUAGCCACCAACAGCUGUCCAGAAAUCCAGGGGCAUCUGUACAUGAAGGACGUGGGAAGGAAAUCAUGGAAGAAGGUUUACAUGUUUCUGCGGCGCUCAGGGCUCUACUGUUCUACAAAAGGAACCUCAAAGGAGCCCAGACAUCUACAGUUACUAGCAGACCUCGAGGACAGCAACAUCUUCACUGUCAUCACAGGCAAGAAGCAGCACGGCGCACCCACAGACUACGGCUUCUGCAUCAAGCCUAAUAAAAGCAGAGGGGAUAUGAAGGAGCUGAGAAUGCUGUGUGCAGAGGACGAACAGAGCAGAAGCUGUUGGAUGACUGCUUUUCGAAUCUUUAAGUAUGGGAUCGUAUUGUACCAGAAUUACAAGAUUCCUCAACAAAGGAAAACUUUACUUUCACACUUUUCAGCUCCUGUGAGGAGCGUAUCGGAGAACUCCCUCGUGGCAAUGGAUUUCUCAGGGAGGAUAGGCAGAGUGAUUGACAACCCGGUCGAAGCUCAGAGUGCUGCCAUGGAGGAGGGGCACGCGUGGCGGAAGAGGACUCAACGAAUGAACAUACUGGGGUCCCACAGUCCAUUACACCACUCCUCACUAAGCUCAGUCAUCCACAUAGCUCAGCUCUGGUUCCAUGGCAGGAUAACCAGAGAAGAGUCCCACCGAAUUAUCCACCAGCAGGGACAAGUAGAUGGGUUGUUUCUGCUGAGAGUCAGUCAGAGUAAUCCCAAGGCGUUUGUGCUCACAUUGUGCCAUCACCAGAAAAUCAAGCAUUUCCAGAUCCUACCGUGUGAAGAGGAUGGCCAAGGCUUCUUCAGCCUUGAUGACGGCGCCACCAAGUUCACCGACCUGAUUCAGCUGGUGGAGUUCUACCAGCUCAACAGAGGAGUGCUGCCUUGCAAACUCAAACACCCGUGCACCGUCGUGGCCUUAUGACACCUUCGGAUCACAUGACCCCGCCCCCCCAACACUUGACCUGACUCUGCCUAAAAUGAAAAGAAUCUCCCCGUUGAUCGUUUCUUUUUGUUUUUAUCUUUGUAAGAAGCUGGUGAAUUGACUGACGUUGUUGUUGUUACACUUGUUUUUAUAUUGUUGUGAGCUUGCUGGAGA